GCGUCGUUUACACACGCUCCGCUCUCUCUGUUUUUAGUCUCUUUCGCGUUACAUUACCUGCCAGAUCUUUCUCUCUCCUCACCCUACUCUCCUCUCUGCGAAUCGAAUUCAUCCUAUACUUUCGUUCUGCAUAUACAAACUCAGAUCCAUUCCAUUCACUUUUGAUCAUAUUUUUGAUGGAAAUGGCUUCAAUCUCUUCAAGUCCCCGAACUGUAGAAGAAAUCUUCAAAGAUUAUAGCGGUCGAAGAACUGGCGUAGUUCGUGCUUUGACUUUCGAUGUUGAUGAAUUCUGUGGUCUCUGUGAUCCAGAGAAGGAGAAUUUAAGCCUGUAUGGACAUCCAAAUGAGACUUGGGAAGUCUCUCUUCCAGCAGAGGAAGUUCCUCCAGAGCUUCCAGAGCCAGCAUUAGGAAUUAACUUUGCAAGAGAUGGCAUGGACCGGAAAGAUUGGCUUUCGCUGGUUGCUGUCCAUUGCGAUUGUUGGUUGCUUUCUGUGGCAUUCUAUUUUGGAGCCCGGCUUAACCGCAAUGAAAGGAAACGUCUAUUUAGCUUGAUCAAUGAUCUGCCCACCGUUUUUGAGGUUGUAACAGAGAGAAAGCCUGCAAAAGACAAACCCAGUGCAGAUAGCGGAAGCAAAUCCCGGGGCAGCACAAAGAGAUCAAGUGAUGGGCAGGUGAAAAGCAACCCUAAGUUGGUUGAUGAAAGUUACGAGGAGGAGGAUGAUGAACAUAGUGAAACCCUAUGCGGAAGCUGUGGUGGAAAUUACAGUGCGGAUGAGUUUUGGAUUGGCUGCGACAUCUGUGAGAGGUGGUUCCAUGGAAAGUGUGUGAAGAUAACACCUGCCAAGGCUGAGAGUAUAAAGCAAUACAAGUGCCCAUCUUGCAGCAUAAAGAGGGGUAGGCAGUAGUAGUCACAAAAACCAACGGAAAGGGAUUAAUGGCAUUGAUUUGAUGGCUGACAAAGUAGUAUAGCAAUGUAACGUUUUAAAAGAUUGUAAUAGAAUUGUUGUGAUGUUUAUUUGUAGCAGCAGAUGCUUUCACUGGGGUCGAAGUGUGCCUUCUUCCUGUUGAAUCCUUGUUCUUUUCUUAUAAAUAAAUAAUCUUUUAGUUUGUUGUA